AUGAGCAGCCAGCGUGUACCGAUCAAGCCUCAGCACGUCGAUGCACCUCUGACUUCGUGUGCGACGUUUCUCAUCGUAAAGGUAACCAACAAGCCAGACUCGAUUCCAACAGUCCGUUCGACACUUGCAGGUCUAGAUGGACUAGCGAAGAAUGUCUCGAUUCGAGACCUCACUUCUCAGUUCGCCUGCACAGUGGGGAUCGGCAGUGAUGUAUGGGAUAACCUUACCGGACAACCACGGCCAUCGGAACUGCACCCCUUCAAGGAAGUCAAAGGGGCCAAACACACUGCGGUUUCUACAUCCGGCGAUCUACUCUUCCACAUCCGCGCCGAACGUCGAGAUAUUUGUUUCGAGUUUGAAAGGCAGUUGAUGGAUCAGCUUGGGGACUCGGUCGAGCUCGUCGAUGAAACCGUCGGGUUCCGCUACUUCGACGUGCGCGACCUCCUCGGGUUUGUCGACGGGACAGCUAACCCAGUCGGGCCGGCUGUUCCAUCGUCGGUGCUUGUAGCGGAGGAAGACUCAGCUGUCCAGGGUGGAAGCUAUAUUGUGGUUCAAAAGUACACGCAUGAUCUACCUGGAUGGAAACAUCUUUCUACUGAACAGCAGGAGAAGAUCAUCGGCCGCACAAAGAUUGACAAUGUCGAGCUUGAUGAUGCGGAGUCGGGACAGCGCUCGCAUAAGACGCUCACUACGAUCGAGGAUGAUCAAGGCAACGAGCAUGAUAUUCUGCGUGAUAAUAUGCCUUUCGGAUCUCCAGGCUCGGGCGAAUUCGGUACCUACUUUAUCGGAUACACGCGCCGUCUCUGGGUGAUGGAGAAGAUGCUGGAGCGCAUGUUUGUUGGAGAGCCGCCGGGGUUGCAUGAUCGCAUUCUUGACUUCUCAAAACCAUUGACAGGCGUCACAUUCUUUGCUCCCUCGGCCAGCUUCUUGGCCAGUUUAGAUAGUGAUUGA